AUGUUAGGCCCACCUAACGUUGUGCUGGUGUGUGCAGCCAAAGAGCUCUUGGCAUCUGACCGGGACCUGCUCAGCUGGAUCAACAACAAGAUCGGGGCUCGCAAGUUGGCCACCACCUCGGAAUUCCCGGGCUCCAUCCGCAAAAGCCACGUGCUUGUCCGGCUCAUCGAGGCCCUCACUAGUGCUGACUCCAGUCUCUUCAUCAGGGACUUCCUUGGCGCCUCCCAUCUCACUCAGCUCAAGCUCCAUUGCCCUACUGGCCCGGAUACGCCAGGUGCCUCUGAUAGCAAGCAAGGCUUGUUGAACUUCUUCUUCAGCCACAAACCUGCCAACCAAUGA